GAAGCAGCGUGGGCUGGCCUGUCUCUGUGUCACCGCCUGCGUCACAUGCCAGGAGGGGGUUCUCCAGUGACGAUAAGGCCGCGUAGCGGAGCAGUCAGCCACAGACAAGGGGAAGAAAGGCUGUGGCUGGUACGGACGGCGCUGUCUGGCUGCAAUAGAAACAAAAGCGAGCGGUCUGUUCGAGCAUAAAGCGGAAUUGUGUCCCUUGGAUUAUACAUCGUUACUCUAAUGGUGAUCGGAUACCUGGGUUAUUGAUCAGGUCUAUGCUAGCUAGCACCAUGAGCGGUCUACUGAAGAGGAAGUUUGAGGAGGUCUAUGAGGACCAGUGCUACUCCUCGCCCUCCUCCCUGUCGUCCUCAGCCUACUCUGGGUGGGACUCGGAGGGCGAGAGCUGCUACUCAGACACCCUUGACUCAACACCCAGCAACCCUGGCUCUCCAGACACGCACUACAACACCAAGUCCAUCCUCAAGAAAGCUAAGCGUGAACGGUUAGUGCGGGGCAACGUGACCUUUGACACGGUGACAGUGUUUGUCUUCCCACGGUGCCAGGGCUUCAGCAGCGUGCCCAGUAGGGGGGGCUGUUCCCUGGGCAUGACGCAGCGCCACAGCGCCCUGCGCAGGUACACCCUGGACGAGUACGCUGUGGUGCAACACACCCUCCGUCGGGAGAAACUCCUCGACCGCCUCCGAGAGGAGAAACUGGACGCUCUCAAACAGAAACUGACUAAGGGAGGCACGGUGGAGUCAGAGGAGGCUGACCGCCUCACCAUCGAAGACAUCCCAGAGGACGAGAUGGACAUUAGCAGCUGUAACCUAGACGACGGCUCCUUCCUCCACCCCUACCCCUCCAAGAGGAGACAUGCCCUGCUGAAGGCUGCGGGGGUGAAGGUGGAGAAGGACGAGAAGAGACAGCUGCAGCAGCUCAGAGUGUCCAGGGAGGAUUGUGGGUGUGACUGCCAGGGGUUCUGUGAGCCAGAGACCUGCGCCUGCAGCCUGGCAGGCAUCAAGUGUCAGAUGGACCACUCGUCAUUUCCCUGCGGCUGCACUAAGGAUGGCUGCGGUAACCUGGAAGGUCGUAAAGAGUUCAACUCCAGCCGGGUUCAGACCCACUACAUCCACACCAUCAUGAAGCUAGAGCUGGAGAAGAGACUGGAGGAGACGUCUGGACCAGAGGAAGGGGACCCGGGAGAGACCACCUUCUACUUCAGCUCAGAGCUGGCAUCGGUCGGGGAGAACAGCUGUAGCAGUGACAUGACAGACUCCUCUGCCUCCUCGGGGGGGAGUGAGGACUCAGAGGAAGGGGCGGAGUUAGGCCGGGAGGACGAUGUGGAUGAAAACGGGCUGAGCCGCAUCCUCAGCGACAACGACUAUAACGUAAACAACUACGUUGUUAAUGACAACCGCUGUUGCCCCGAGCAAUGGCUACAGCAGCAGCAGCAGCAGCAGGCAUCGUCCAUGACGACAACAACACGGAUGUUGGGAGGGUUUAGCACGGCAGACUUCCCAGAGGAGAAUGGCAAUCUCGAGGUGCACACAGACAACCGGGCCAUGGCCAUAUCACUGUUAGAUGAUAACGCUAACCAAGGCAACGGUCUGUUCCACCACAGCAGCUGCAGAAUCUCUAACCCCCCAUCCCCCUCAGUAGACUGCCCCAACACCCCAUCCCCCUCAGUAGACUGCCCCAACACCCCAUCCCCCUCAGUAGACUGCCCCAACACCCCAUCCCCCUCAGUAGACUGCCCCAACACCCCAUCCCCCUCAGUAGAUGGCACCGCUGCCAGCUACAUGGACCUCAGCCUUUCCUCAGAGUCCCAUCUGGAGUUCUUUGAUGGUUUCUGUCUGGGUCCUUCCUCCCUCUACAACUCCCUAACGGAGUACCAACACAUGGACAACUUCUUUCACUUCCAGUUGCCUAGUUAUGCCAGCAACCAAUCACAGGCCAUCGACCCCGGGACCUGCCUCCUGGAGUCUCUGAUUGGUCUGCCAGAAUCUGACCCAGAACCCCCUGCAACGUUCACAGACAAUCAGCUGUUGGAAGAAGCUGUCAGGGGUUAACUAUCGGGACCUGAACCGCCAACUGUGUUCUGGACUAUGUAGUGAAUUAGGGGGGAUGGGGGUCAGUGUAAACAGACUGCUGUUGGAAGAAGCUGUGAUUUCUCUCUUGCCUUCCAAUUGUUAGCAAAGCAGUUGGUAAUUAUCGCUUUAUGAAAUGGCAGCUAACGUUUCAGUUGGUAAUUAUCGCUUUAUGAAAUGGCAGCUAACGUUUCAGUUGGUAAUUAUCGCUAUAUGAAAUGGCAGCUAACGUUUCAGUUGGUAAUUAUCGCUUUAUGAAAUGGCAGCUAACGUUUCAUAAAAGUGAGAUUAAAAUAAGUAAUUUUCUACAUUGUAGAAAUAAUAGGGAAGACAUGAAACCUAUGAAAUGACACGUGUUGGGUUUUAUAUGUCGCUAAAUGUCAACCUCAGAAACCAAGAAUAGUACAGCUGGGUAUUAAUGAAUUCUCUGGGAAACCAAAAAUGGUUUUCAAAACACCUAUAACUUAUCUACAUAUUAUUAUUUUAAUUUAUUUCUUUUAUGAUUUUCUAUUUAUUUUCAGAUAAAAACCUACUAAAGCUAUGCUGAAGCAGCACUGUGGUUUGAUAUUUAUAACCUGGAAGUGCAAUCUUUCCUUAUGUAUCAAAAUGUGUCCCAAAUGGCACACUAUUCCCUAUGUAGUACCCCACUUCCCAUAGGGCUCUGGUCUAAAAUAGUGCACUAUAUAGGGAAUAGGGUGCCAUUUGAAACUGGAUCCGUAUUAGACAGUCGGCAAUAUGGGAUUAUAGAAAAGACCAUUGGGAAAGUAUUUAAUAUCUGUUCUCUUAUUGUUUAAACAACAUUUUGGUAGUUUGAUCUCAUUUAUGACAUGUUGGGCAAUAAGAGAUCUGUGUUUACUCAGGAGGGCUGUGACCUAAUCAUUCCCUAAACCCUACGCCAUUGUGGAGAUCUGAGGUGAUUUGAUUGGUAUAAGCAAUAUAAUGAAACUUCCACCUAGCCUAUCAGAGCGCGAUGGGGAGCUAUUACCAUAUGGACUGCACCGGUCAGAUCCAAUCAGCUCUCCACACGUGUAGGGUUGAGGGGUCGAUUCGGCCAACGUCACAGUGCUUCUGUUUGAGCUGUGGGACUGUACUGUGUUCCUAUUUUAUAAAUCAAAAUGUGGAAUUCUGGCUCUGCUGUAGAUACUGCUAUCUAUAAUGUUACCAUAGAGAAUCACUCUAAUAUUUUAUAAAUAAUUUGUGUAGAUUGAAAGAAUUCUAAAUCUGUGUCACUGAAAUAAUUUUAUUAAGAAAAUGCAAAUUGUGUAUUUUUUUUAUUUAAAUAUUGAAAUCUUUGUAAUAGAUAAAUAUAGACUUAAUAUGAAAGCUUUUGCUUUCCAGUAUUUUUCAUAUGAACUAUGAAAUCCCACUAAAACAAAAUGGAUUAGAAAAGUAUCCAUAUGGUUGUUGUGACUGAGACAACGUGAUAUAUUUAUGCAGAAAGACUCAGAAGUUGUGUGUUUGCCUCAUUAAGUCCUCAAGCAGACCUCAUUUGCUUAUGUGGAGAUCAUGUCAUUGAAAAAACCCCAAAGUCACCAACAGAACACAGCUUCUCUGGUGGAAAUGCAGCGAAAUAAAGACAUGGCAACUGGGGUAUUUAUUACAUUCCUGAAUGGAGAGCAAACCAGCAGUUUUUCACUCAUCGUCACUCUGACCGUUUUUAAAAAGCUGUUCAUUUCAUCCAAGUCCCUUUUUUGGACAGUUUAUCUUUUUUUUUUUUUAAUAAAACGUUUUCUUAAAUGCU